AUGUGGGAGUCUGCACUUAGCGCCCGCGACCUUGUUCUCCAGUCGGAGGGGCCCCUAGGGGCUUCUCCAGGAACUUCCGGGGUCCCUGAGGGCACCGGCAUGCUGGGAAGCGGGGGAGGGGGAGCUCUAGGGGCCCUUGGGACCCGCCGGGAAGAUGAACUGCUGAAUACCACUGCUAGCCUGAGCGCAGGAUUGCCUGGCGUUGGACUAGACUCCCUCAAGCAGCUACGGGGGGCAGCGGCCUGGAUACGGCCGAAGCCCCAGUUCGUAAUCAAGACGCGGAUUAAGGGGGGAACGAAACUGUUUCUGAACAUCUGCAGCCACGAACAAGUAGACCCUUGGCACUACAAAGAAUUGUUGGCCGAAGAGGGGCAGGGCUCCCAAGGCGGCAUCCGAAUCCCCAUGAGCAUAGGCCCCUGUGCGCAGACGCUGCAGCGCUGCGCAACAGACCGAGAGGCUCGGGACAUUCUCACGCAGUUCACGUGCGCAGGGGUGGCGCGCAAGCACCAACUCGAGCUCCAGCAGGGGGUUUCUUUCCCCAAACUCACUUACAAGGGUGUGUACACCCCCGCCUCUAGGCCCUUAGCCUCUCCCGUUACUGAAGCAUACGACUUUCUUAAGAAGCACCCCCAAUGUUAUGGCCCCCUCAAGACAAGUUGUGCUGUCUGCUGGCCCGCAGGGACGCUUCCACCGCCCAUGCAGCACAUCAGGGUGACACGAGAGGCCCAAAUUGAGCUGCUGCACCCAAGUGCAGCAGCAGCACCAGCUGCAGCAGCAGAACCAGCUGCAGCAGGAGCGCCAGCAGAAGCAGCAGCCGUGGAUCGAUCGAAAUGCGAAAGCCUGUCGGAGCAUUUGGUGUGGGACGCAAACUUCGCGACGCCCCAAGACGCAGCGGCCUUUUUUGCCCAUCUUUCAGAGGGUCACUCAGAAAAGCAGCCGAAGCUCUCCCAGAAAGCAAGUGCGCAAGGCUUGCGAGGGUCCCCCUGGAUAGCUAGCUGGGCUCGCAGCAACAACAGCAGCAGCAGCAGCGGCAGCGACAGCAGCGACUGCGGUAUCGACCGGCUUAUCCCUGUUGGGGCCGUCCAAGCAGCAUCUCUACAGUCCCCUGGCCCUGCCUUCGCUGGACUUGAGAGAGGCAAACAACGCGGCCUCAAGAAAGCUUUCCUUAUGACUUCUUCUUCGGCAGGAGGGCGCAGCCGGAACUGCUGCGCGCCGCAGCAGGCUGAUGCUUGCAGUAACAACCCAGGUAAGGCAGCAGCAGCAGCAGCUCUUUGCUCUCGCUGCAGGGCGCCCAGGCGGCGGUGCAGCUGCAGAGAAGAUAGCCUGGCAUGGGAAUUUAAGUGUACCUACGGCCUGAAGAUUAGUGACCUCGAGCUCGUGGUGUCGCCGCUGCGUGGGGCCCUCUGGGGCAUUUCAAGGAGCAGCACUGGGCCCCUCAAGGGCUGCAGCCUUGCGUUCCCGUUACGGCUGCGAUCUAGUGCUGCCUUUGCACUGGUGUCCACCUACAGCAGCUGCGAGGAGGCCCGGAAGGCGCUGCACCAGCUGCAGGAGCAGCAGCAGCAGCAACAGCCGGACCCAGUGGCCUCAGGAACUCCAGAGGAGGCCCAGCAGCAACUCAAAGACAUAGCUGCGAGGCCUGCUGCGUUCUUGCUGACAGUCUGUCUACUUGUGGACGCUGCAGCCGAAACAGCUCUCGCAUGCAUUUGUCCUGCUGCUGCUGCUGCAGCAGAGACGGCCGCAGCAGAACUUGCAGCAGCAGAAGACGAAGCAGCAGAUGCAGCAGCAGAUGCAGCAGCAACGGUUAAUAAAGAGGAACUCGUCACGCGGUUACAAGUGCAGAUAGACGAAAGCGACUCUUCAGACGACUGCUGCAGCGUCGCUUCAGACAGCAGCAGCAGCAACAAAACAGCAAAACUAGAAGACAGCAGCGGCAGCAACAAGUUUAGCUUGGCAACAGCCAGCGAAACGUGCGAACUGCGGACGCGUCCAGGAGCAGCGCAGUCCUCUAGCAGUCCCGCUUCAGCGGGCCAGGGGCCCCAGGGGCCCCAACAGCCUCUGGGGCCCCCUGGGCCCCAGGGGCCCUCGGAGCCCACACCCUGUGCUGCUGCACGUGAGCAGCAAACCCAUAGCCUUUUACCGCAAGCCGCGCCUGCCCAGCGCCAUCCCUGCCAUACGGAAGGGCAGGAAAACGUGGACGCUUGCGGCGGGGCCCCCCUGCCUGGGGAGGAUCCGCUGCUGCUCGAGGAUGAACUCUUGUGA